CGUGGUCUUUGAUGCGAGUACCAGCAAGUUUAGAAUUUAUAUCCCAGUUUGAGAGGCGAACAUUGAAAUUUACGAAUGGCUUCUCCUAAAGCAGAUACAGAUAAACCAAAGAAUAAAAUGAGAUCACCUUCAAAGCAGAGUCUGAAACAAAGAUUCAAGUCUAAGAAGGAUGAUCAUUUACUUCCCAAGUUCAAAAACAAGAAACCUGCAUCAAACCAAAAUUCUUUCAAAUUACAAAAGGAUGAUCUUCAGCACACCAAUAAAUCGGAAUUUAGGAAAGAAGGAAAAGUUGUAAAGCAUGCUACCAAGCCUAUAGCAAGAUCAGAAAUCUUGUUGCCAGAAGAAGUCGGCUUUUUGGAGGCUGGCAAAGGUGAAUCUACUGCUGAUAUAACUCAGGUGGAGAUCAAAAGUUCAGUUGACAUCACCAGUGCUACAAAACAAUUUGAUCUUUCCCUGCAAUUUGGUCCUUAUGCCCUCAACUAUUUGCGCAACGGACGUAAAAUGCUUAUUGGCGGCCGGAUGGGUCAUAUCGCUGCCUUCGAUUGGGUCACUAAGGAUCUCACCUGUGAAAUGAACGUCAUGGAAUCUGUACACGAUGUGGCUUGGCUACAUAAUGAGACGAUGUUUGCCGUAGCGCAGAAGGACUGGACAUACAUCUACGACAAUCAAGGAAUUGAAAUUCACUGUAUCAAGAAAUUGAAUAAUGUACUUAAAAUGGAAUUCCUUCCUUAUCACUUCUUACUAGCCACCACUAAUGAUAGAGGAACUUUAAGUUGGUUGGAUGUUUCCAUGGGAAAAAUGGUUCAACGAACUCACACUCAUCUUGGAAGACUAGAUGUCCUGUGCCAAAAUCCUAGCAAUGCUGUGCUUUGUUGUGGACAUUCAAAGGGCACAGUGUCGAUGUGGACGCCCAAUUUCGUCUCACCUGUCCUCAAAAUGCUUUGCCACACACAGCCCGUUCGUUCGGUGGCAAUCGACCAAACUGGCAGAUAUAUGGCAACGUCAUCCGUUGAUUCGUCGGUAAAAAUAUGGGACCUGAGAACUUAUAAUUGCCUUCAAUCCUAUAAAUUGGCUGCUGGAGCUUCGAAUCUGGCCUUCAGCCAAAGAGGACUAUUGGCCGUCUCCCUAGGCAAUAUUGUUGAGGUCUAUAAAGACAUUUGCACUAAAACUGUCCAUCAGCCCUAUCUCAAACAUUUCGUCGGAAAUUCGAUUUCGGGCUUGAAGUUUUGUCCCUACGAGGAUGUCCUGGGAGUGGGUCACGCGAGAGGUAUGUGCAGCAUGUUGGUACCUGGAGCUGGCGAGCCCAAUUUUGAUGCGCUAGAAGCGAACCCUUUCCAAACCAAAAGCCAGCGAACAGAAGCAGAAGUCAAAUCACUUCUUGAAAAGAUUCAACCUGAGCUCAUUACGUUGGACCCCUUCGAGUUGGGUGAAGUCAAUCGGCAAGCAGUGCUUGAAAAGUUCGAAGAGAAGACCAAAUAUAUGUUUGUCAAGCCACCUAAGGUUGAUCUCAAACCUCGCAAAAAUUCGAAGACGGUCAAUAAAUUUCGCAUUAAACAACGGCUGCAACAGGAACGACAAAAGAAACAUUCGAUGGUUGCCAAUGAGAUUAAACAGUCUUUAGUUCGGGAUACUGUUGCGCCAAGAAAGCCAGAAAGCAAACCAAGCGUGCUUGACCGAUUUAAGACCAAGACUACCAAAAAAUAACGCGAAGCAAGGCGAGCUGUUACAUUUCCAGAAAACGUUGAAAGAGAAACCUGACGUUUCCCAUUGGAAUUCAUAUGAAAGAAAAAAAAGCCUGACAUGAAGAUUUCACUAAUAAACAUGAUUGUAUUCACAUUGA